CAAUUGAAAGAGGAGAACGAUUUGGUGCAUGAAUCGUGCACUGUUCUCGAACAACAACUUGAACAAAGCCAACGUAAAGCGAGUACGCAUUUGGACACCGAAACGAAACUCUCCGAUUGUCAAGAUCAACUGCAAACCUUGAAAUCGGACUUGACCAAGGUUUGA